AUGCGCGCCGCUGCAUUACCUCACAUGUGGCGGCUUCUGCUGGUGCGCGCCCUCCCCUUGCCAUUUCGGGCGACCUUGUGCUCGUGUGGCAGCAUCUGCACUGCGACACUUGGCUCUUGGCAGGUGCGGGGCCCUCUCACACCAGCAGCUUCCGACGCCGCACCGCUGCAGCUGCGCGCCUACUCUGUCGUGACGAGCUAG